AUGACCGACUAUGCGCCACGAAGCAGUCAGGAUUACAAUACCUUCUUUCCAAAUCCGCAUGUCGCCAUACCACAGUAUUCGAAUGGCAACGGCCUCAGCUACCUCUAUGGUAAUGGUCAAGUUCAGUAUCAGACCGUGAGCGCUCCUUGUGCAGCGUACUCAACGACCUACGCACCGAGUCAAGGCACGCUUUCACACUCCAUCUAUAUGCCAACUGGCCCCGGACUCUCCCUCCAAUAUCCCGUCUCGAGCAGCAGAGUUCCUACACUGCCAUCUCAAUCUCGGGCUCUUCCACGCACCACCUACUACGCCACGGCAUCGUCCAAUCACCGCAGCGCACCUCAACACCCGCGUCUCGCUCCUCCCCGAGAUUACAUCCAGAUGGACGGCACAGAAUGUCAAGACUCUCCCAAUGAGGAUACAAUGCUUUCAGAACCGGUGAUGCCCCCCUUGGAAGGCUAUCCCGACGUGCAGGAGUUUGAUGAAUUGAUGAAGCGAUACGUCCAGGACCUUUCUCCCAAGAAGCAAGACAAGGCCUUGAUCCAUGCUCGUAGAGCCGCCAAUAUCAGACAUGUUCUGAUCGACAAGAAGACCACUUCCAUCGAGUCGGCGCAGUUUCGCUUUUGGGUCAAGAAGAUGUUCACACUCCAGCCCGCGGAUGGAAAGGCACCCGAAGUGAGUAGAUUACGGAAGAUCUGCCACGAGGGCAAACCGGUGGCUGUACGCGAGAAGCUGUUCAAGAUUCUGACCAAGGCGCAUAAACAAUGCCAGCAUGGUGGUCGUGAUAAGACCUCUGCGCAAGUGAGGCGUGUCUAUUCAUGGUUCGAAGAGGUUGCCGAGUGA